CCACUUUUCUUUUGUUUCGAUUACAAUUCAGAUAUUAUACCUUGUUCGUUGCUUCAUUUUACCUUAGCUCUUUUUGAAAAGAUGAAUACGAAUGAUAAUGAUCGUGAUAAAACUACAAUCAAAGUGCAAGUAUCGGAUGCUUACCGAGACAUUAUUAUAGACUGGUCACAGGAAUACAGUGAUAUAAGGAAAGGAAUAUUCAGGCAGCUGGCAGAAUUCACUGGAAUGUCAGUAGAAAAGACUUCGGUUGUUAGAUUCGCGAAGCCACCUGGAAACGAUGUUCAUCCUGCAAACCCUUUUCUUCAUCCUCGUGGUGACUUAGCAACUUGCAGUUUUGUAAAACCGUAUCGAGAACCUGAAUACAGACCUCAAGAUAGACCUCAAGGUUGCUAUCGGUAUACCAAUGAAGAUAUCAGAGAUAAAUUCUUUAGAGAUGGCGAUUGCUUUGCUCUCAAUACAACAAUGUUUAUGAACAUGGUCACUCUGGAUACAUUUCACGUUCAAUAUAGAUUAGUUCAUCUAGAUUUGAUUGAUGAAACUGAAUGCAACCGGUUGUUUUGCCAUCAUACAAGUAACAAAGCUUACUUGACUAAACAAGCUAAAAUAAUGAAUUCAAAUAUUGAAUCUUAUCUAAGAGAUCAGCCUCGUCCAGUUCCUAGAGAGAGGGAUACCCUUGACGACGAAUUCAUAGCUGCUUGGGUUAUUAGACAGAGGGAAAUUCAUGCGGAUUUGAAUAUUGGACAAUAUUUUAAUUCCUAUUGCAGGUUCUUUCAGGAUGGAAUGUUUUUUGUACCAUGCCCUCGUAUUUAUUGGCCUUAUCGUGGUUAACUGAGGUGAACGAAACUCUAAAUCUAUGUAAGCUGGCUAUUAUUAGCAAUAAAAUCCUUUACAUUGAUCUAAGCACAAACGAUUGUCCUAAUAAUACAGGGUGAUCGGAAAGUUUCUGGUGUGAGGGGCUUUUUCCCCUUCUACGCGCAAAGACACUUAUUGAUUUGCUGUUUUAUUCACCGAUACUCUUCUACGCAGAAAAGGCUCCACCCCACACACCAGAAACUUUCCGAUCACCGUGUACUGACUUGUACAAAUUUGGUGCUUCUUGUUCUUAGAUUGUAAUAAAUCUAUACUGCAAGUUUU